CUUCGAGGUGGGAGGACGUAUUGUUCCUUAUACUGUUGGUUUGAUUUUUCGACGUGGAAAAAUCGAUCGUACUCGGUGAAUUUCGACGACGCCUCUCAACGUCGACAAGUACGUUCAUGUUACAACGAGAAACUCGAUUUAUCCCAGUACUGAUAAAUAAAGUAAAUCGUUCGCGUAUUACGUGAAUAACCUCUACACGUUAAUUCGGAUGUGCGUAGUAUUGUGAAUACAUUCUCUUUUUUUUUUUUUUGGUGUACAUCGCUUUGAUCAAUCGCUUGGUGUAUAUUAUUAUUCCUAAAGGUGUUUAUUUCGUUCUAUCUACUUUGGACCGAAUUUAUUAUGUUACUACCGAACGCGCGUGCGAUCGUCACAUUAUUUUGACCGAAGGUGCGCUCGAUUACGAGAAAAGGACCAACGUUGCAAAAUGUUACCACAGACUCCUGACAUUAUUCCCACCACUCUUAAUCAGCAAAAAUGCGUGAAAGCGCGAGCGUUGUACGACAACAUAGCUGAAGCGCCAGACGAGUUGGCUUUUCGAAAAGGUGAUGUUCUGACCGUACUGGAACAGAACACGGCGGGUCUUGAAGGCUGGUGGUUAUGUGUCCUGCGAGGUAGACAGGGAAUCUGUCCAGGAAAUCGAUUAAGAAUUUUGGCUGGACAAUAUGAUACUGGAGGUUGUUUGAUCGGUAGCAGAGCUGAUUUGAAUAUUUCCGAAGAUGGUCUACAGAGGCAUGGAAAACGCCGCAGUUGGCACGUACAACCAAAUAGGGUCGUGACACCACAAAAGUGCGGCGACGUGUACCUGUACGAUUUACCAGCGAGUCGCGGAAGUCCUGCACCACCCUCCAGACACGAUUCACCCCUCAAUUCGAACAACGAACAUUUGCACAAUACAGGACGAUACAUGACAAGCGCCAGAAGCUCCGUCGACAACGGUGGCGAUGUGACCGACUGUUACGACGUUCCACCACGAGCAAUUCCUGUGAUUCCAUCCCCAGCAAGUAGUCCGAGUCCUGCCCCAUCUUGCUACGAUAUACCAAGGCCACCGACGUCCUGUACUCCAAACUCGAAUUGUUCUGGUGGCUCUGGCAUCACGCCUUUAGAUUGUUACGAUGUACCACGGCCGUUACAACCAUUGACACCAAGUAGUUCAGCUUCCAGUCUGACCAACGAUGGGUCGCUCAGUGGAUCUAAUAGAUCGAGCCUCGCCGCUCCAGAUUACGACGUGCCACGGCCACGUCUUCCAGCAUCAUCGUUACCAUCACGACACAAUACACCUGUCCCUAAAACGCCAACUCCACCGCCACCUCCUAUGCAAACGCAGCAAAUUUACGACGUACCGAUGAACAAGGAACUUCCAUUGGAAUUGGAUGCCGCGUUGGAAGGUCUUCAGAGGUUGCAGAACGAAGCUUCAGCAGCGAUAGCCAGGUUAUUGGGUUUUGUUAGUCCUGGCUGGAGAACGCCUCAACGAUUGGACGCUACAUUAAUGGAUUUAAGGCUCGCAGCAUUGAGAUUGAGAACGUCAUUACACGAUCUCGCUGAAUUUGCCGAAGGUACGCUCGGUAACGCGGCCAAAGCGCCAGACAAGGGUCUUGCAACGAAAUUACGGCCUCUGGUUAAGGCACUUCGUGACUCCGACAAGCUCGUGCAGGAAGCCGCCACCGAGUUGGACACGAUGGAAUGGGACGCGGGUAAACUCUGUCGCGGUGGUGGCGACACGCCGACACCUACGAAUGGGCCACCACCUUCCCUUCUGCCGACGGUUCAACCGGAUCCACUCGAUCAGCUGAUCGCGUGCGCUCGAGCACUCACGGAAGACGUUCGUCAGGUCGCCAGUUUCAUUCAGGGAAAUUCCACGUUGUUAUUCAAACGAUCAUCCAUCAUCUCAACGGGCAGCAGCAACAACAGCGGCGCUGGGGAAGACUACGAUUACGUUAAUCUCGAUUCACGAGAGAUCGUGGCGAAGCAACGAGAAGAACUGAGAGCAUCUUUACCUCAAGAACUCCGUAGCAGUUACGAUCUACUAGUGUCCGAGGCAGACAAUGCGGCCAUUCAAAUGCCACCCACGACACCAACGCCCAUGGAUCCCAACGACAAACAAUUGUUGGCUUUUUACGCGGCUCAAGUGAUCACACACGGUGCACACCUAACUCAUGCCAUUGACGCCUUCUUGCAAACGGUUGAGCAUAAUCAGCCACCCAAGGUCUUUCUGGCACACGGCAAAUUUGUCGUCCUUAGCGCCCAUCGACUCGUUCAUAUAGGUGACACCGUACAUAGGAACGUGACAAGAAACGACGUGAGAACGCGAGUUCUUCAAUGUGCGAAUGCCCUGAACGAGGCACUCGCACAGACAGUUUCGAAGACGAAACAGGCAGCACAAUUCUUUCCUAGCGUGACUGCGGUACAAGAGAUGGUCGAUAGCGUCGUUGACGUUUCUCACUUGGCCAAAGAUCUCAAAGUCGCCAUGAUACAUGCUGCGCAGCAACCAUGAAUUUAUUUUUGCACUAGCAAAACGUGAUUGGAUAACGAAAGGUAGAAAAAGUACGAGAGAGCGAUAGACCGAUAGAGCGAUAGAGCGAUAGAGAGAGAGAGAGAGAGAGAGAGAGAGAGAGAGAGAGAGAGAGAGAGAGAGAGAGAGAGAGAGAGAGAGACCGUGAAACGUCGAUAAGAAGUAGAGACGUGACUCUAACAUGAAUUUCUUCAGUAUGCUGAGGAGAGAACAAGAAAAUCAAUGUCUCUUAGAUCGUUCUAUAGUGACUCGAAAGUGUUCGAAGGUCCUACAACGUGAAUGUUUAGAGACGAUAAUCAGUAACGUCAUAAUAUUGUCAGGCGACCGUGAGGGGUUUAAUAUCGUUUAUUAUGACGUUAAUUGUCCUGGAUUUUGACGAUUAAAUGAAUAAGAGUUAGAGGGCGUUGGACGUGUCUUUUUGGAUGAACAGAUAAGACGAAAGAGAAAAAUGUUCUCGGAAUUUAAACGUCUCCCUUUUUCUUCUUUCUAAAGAUAAGGAAUCAAUCUUUAGGCCUACGUUUUAUUAGAAAUACGCAACUGCCAAAGCACAAGUAUAGUAGUAGGGAAGGGAGACCAAUAAAAAAGGAAAAAAAAAAAAAAGAAAAAAGAAAAAAAAAGAAAAAAAAGGAAAAAAGAACAAAAAAAAAAAUACGGAAAAAAAAUGAUUUAUAUAAAUGUAUUCGAGAAUUAAUGAUAUCGUAGUGUUUUAUAGAGGAAACGUAAUCGUGUCAUUUUUCGAGUAGAUGCGAAAUCCGUACGUCGAAUACAUAAACUUGUCCUUCCGUGCUAAUUACGAGUGCUGCGUUCGGAACAAAACGAAAUUUGUUAAUAAUUAUUACCCGCUAUAUAACGAACUGCCUUUUGGACGUGUUUCUGAACAAUUUUAACAGAUUAAAAUAUAACGAACGAGCAAUUUGCGCAAUUUAAUAAAAAGAAGAGAAAAAGAAAAGAAAAAAAAAAAAAAAAAAAACAAAACAAGAAAAAAAGCCCAGAGAUAGCAUCUUCUUUACAACGGUCAAAUUCACUCGAAAAUAUUGAUUGAUAUUAGUUUAGUUUAUAGAACGUAAAUUUUUAUGUAAUAUCAGAAUUUUAUACGAAACUUUUACGAUGUCGGAUUUUCGACGUAUUUUAUCAUUUGAAUAUCCGUAUAUUUCUACAGCUCUUCCAAAACAGCCUAUACCGAAGUUCCGAAAUUCUAAAUAAUUAAUAAACGACACGGAUCACUAGAGACAAUGACUAUAAUAAUUAAUGCUACGAUUAAAGGAAUAAUAAAUAAGAAUUGUGCAGCAAAGUUCCAUUUUCUUCCGCCUUUAUGACGGAACCUUGACUUGAAAUAUCAAUAACGAGCCGUAUAUUUAUAUAAUUACUGGUCAUUCGGCAGCAGUUUUGUGAUUGAUACAAUCAUUUAGAAAGAUUGAAAUCCCUUUAAUAAUGGAUCAAAAUAAGCGUGCGCAGCUGUUCGAGCACAAAAACAGAAAUACCUCAGCAGAUUUUGCGACGCUAAUUGCUAUUAGAGUACGAAAAUUGUACGUAAUGGUGAAUAGUUUAUAUCGCACUUUAUUUUUUAGAAAAUGUAUAAUCGAGCGAGAAUAAUGUAUGCGCCCAUGCGCGUGAUCUUUGGUCGACGAGGCGUGUAUUAUAAUUUAUUGGCAGUGUUCUGUAAAAUAUUGCAUUUGUGCGGAUUACAUAGCGUUCUUGUAUAUUUAGAAUUUGCAUAUACAUAUAAUAUAGAUGGUUAAACCAUUAGGUGCUCAUCAUACAUGUCGAUUCAUUGUCUUUUUAAGACAUCACCAAGACAGUAAUAUUAUAUCAAUUAAUAUCAAUUCUAUCGAAACGUACGCGUAUAUAUUACUGUUUCAAUUAUCUAAGAACCAUUUAGCAUCAUCCGCUUUUUUUUUCAUUUCCCUUUUGUACAUUGUACCUGGAUCACUUUGUUCGCAAAUAUCAUAGCUACGAUAACGUGUUAGGAUUGCUCGUACGCGUACCUAUUUUUUUAUCUUUAUAUCGUUCGAGCAAAAGAUUGCAAAUAAUUGCAUUCGGAGAGGGGGAGGGGGAGGGUGGAAAAAAAAGCGCGUUAAUGUCAACGCGCUCCUUUAUUAAUGCUGUGCUUAAGAGUCGAACGAACUACAAACACCAACGACUUUGUUCCUGACGAUACUUACGAUCCAAUAAUACUUUGUACGUGAACGUUUAAGUUAUUAUUCGGGCAGCAUGUCUUUCGAAAUGGAUCGAUCGCGUUGUUUUUAAGAUCGUUUAAUGUACAUAGACGUAUUUAUACACAUUAUAAUUAAUCCUAUUAAAAGCGACAUAUGUAUACACAAAAUAGAAUACAAGAUAUGAUAGCCAAAUGCAACAAUGGAGUAAACGUAUUAAAGAAUCGUGCAAUGUCAGAUGUAAUUUUUAAGUGUCAAAUUGUACUCAAAGAAGUAUUUACAGGAAGCAUUUAUCGAAUUGCCACGAAUUUUAUUUCAAACGAAUGAAUAAAUUUCAAAAUAUCACAAAGA